AUGGCUGGGCUUGUCGCGAUGGAAGAUGUCCGCGCCUACCUCCAGUCGCAAGAAGCCAUGGAAGCUCAGUUCGAAGACGACGUGGCUCGCAAUCCGUAUUCGAUUGAGAACUGGACGUCGUACCUGAAUUUGGUCCACACAAAACCCAACGGGACGCGGCUGUCAAAGGAGCGCGAGACCUUGUUCCGUCGCGCGCUUACGUACGUUCCAUUGAGCUACAAGCUGUGGAAACGAUUCCUCGACGAGAGCUACGGGCUGGCGCGUGGGCUCCGCAUCGAUGCCCCCGAAUUCGUUGAACUCACCGUGCUCUAUGAAGAUGCUCUCGUGCAUCUGCACAAAAUGCCACGCAUCUGGCUGCAGUAUCUCCAACUUCUCGACCACCUUCGCUGGGGCACACGCACCCGUCGCGUCUUUGACCGGGCCCUCCGCGCCCUUCCCAUCACACAACACAAGCGCAUCUGGGGUCCCUACCUUGCCUUCGUCCAUGCACAAGGAGUUCCGUCCACAGCGAUUCGCGUGUACCGGCGCUACCUUAUGUUCGAUCCCACAGGCCGCGAAGACUACGUCCGGUACCUACUUUCCAAGGAGUUGUGGGAAGAAGCCAGUCUGCAACUCGUGCAUGUGCUCAACCUCCCGCAGACGGCUUCACGGCAUUCCCUGUGGAUGGAUCUAUGCUCGCUGAUCAGUUCUCACCCUGACGAGGUCAGCUCCGCGCUCAACAUUGACGCGAUUCUGCGGUCCGGUCUCCACUUGUUCUCCGACGAAGUCGGCCGGUUCUGGUGCGCGCUGGCGACGUACUACAUGCGUUUGGGCAUGUUCGACAACGCUCGCGACAUCUACGAAGAAGGCCUGGCGGCGGUGCUGACUGUGCGCGACUUUUCGCUCAUUUUCGAUGCCUACGUCAAGUUUUUGGAAGCGCUCGUGACUGCCGAGAUGCAGGAUCCCGAGAGCCAAGAGCUGUCGCGCACGCUGCAGCUGUACGAAGACUUGGCGGAGCGCCGCCCGCUGCUCAUGAACGCAGUCUUUCUGCGGCAGAAUCCCCACUCGGUCAAGGAAUGGCAGAAGCGCAUUAAGCUACUGGAGGACUCGCCGUUGCUCGUCGUCAAAACAUAUACGGAAGCGCUCAAGACAAUCGAUUCGGCCAACGCCGUCGGCCCAUUGAGCGCGCUCUGGAUCGCGUUCUCGGCAUACUAUGAACAGCACGACGACCUGGCGAAUGCGCGCGCGAUCUUUACGAGGGCCCUGGCGCACCCGUGGAGGAACAUGGACGAGCGUGCGACGGUGCUGUGCGCACAAGUCGAACUGGAGCUGCGCCACGAAGAGUUUGACAAAGCACUGGAGCUCAUCCGCGCUGCUUGCAACCAGAAGAACUUGGUCAAGUCGCUCAAGGUCUGGAACCUUCGCGUGGAUCUAGAAGAGUCGCUCGGGGACAUCGAGUCGACUCGCGCCGCAUAUGACCGCGUGAUCGAGCUGAAACUCGCGACGGCGGUGAUGGUGCUGCAGUACACAACGUUCCUCGAAAGCCAUGCUUACUUUGAAGACGCGUUCAAAGUGUACGAGAAGGCGAUCAGGUUGUUUCCGUUCCCGCAUGCAAAGGACAUUUGGACGGCGUACUUGACGGCGUUUGUGAAGCGAUACGAAGGGGCGAAACUCGAGCGAGCGCGGGAUUUGUUCAAUCAAGUUGUGGGUGUCGCCCCCGAGGCCGACCUCCCCGAGUUUUUCAAGCAGUAUGCUGCGCUCGAAGAGAACUAUGGGCUCUGGCGCAAUGCCCAAACCAUCUAUGAAAAUGCGACAGCCAAGAUCGAGUCGAACCCCCAAGUUCAGCUCGACCUCUACCGCUUCUACAUCAAGAAGGCCCAAAAGUUGGCGGGUGUGAUCACUGUGCGCAGCAUUUACGAGCGCGCGAUGAGCCACCUCCCCAACGAGACAGUGUGGCAGUUGGGACUCGAGUUUUCGGCGUUUGAAGCCGCGUUGGGCGAGCUCACGCGAGCACGAGCUGUCUUGAAUCACAUAUCGCAGUGCUGUGACCCGCGCGUGUCGGAGGAAUCGUUCUGGAGCAAGUGGCAUGCGUUCGAGAUUGAGCACGGGAACGAAGAAACUUUCCUCGACAUGCUUCGCAUCAAGCGCAGUGUCCAACUCCAGUAUGCGACCGUCAACUACAUCGGGACGGCGGCCGGCGCGCUCAACAUGGUGGCCAGCAGCACCAACCAGAGCAGCAGCAGCACAGUGCCCGCCGACGCGAUGGAGCAGCUCGAACACACCACCGCAGACGACGUGAAUGCAGAAGAGAUUGACAUCGACAUGGACGAGCAGCCCGUGCCGGAGGCUGUUUUCCGCGGCAAGCUAACCAAGUAA